AUGAUUACUGUGUUGAAACGGACGUUGCGGUCCGUCGGUCUUGCGGCGUCGCGGUCUUGCGCGUUUGGGUCGGGUCGCAGGUACGCGGAAGGCGGAUGUUAUCGGGUCGGGUUGACGGGCGCGCGCGUUCGUGCAACUGGCGGCGGCUCUUCUCUGGUUGUCGUCUUUGCGCGAUGCGCCGUUCACGACCCCCGCGUCAACCCGUUCUUCGCCGCCUACGCUCGUCGUCUUUCACUCUUUUCUCUGUCUGCUCUUCCCGUUUCGCGCCUCGCGCGUCGUAUGCGCUACGGGUCUCCGCUCGCGGCGCCACCCCGUCGCUACCGACACGUCAGCCGGCGAGCAAAACGGCUCCUCGUCCGGCUUUUCGUGGAGCACCACGUUUUCCAGCGCCUCUUCGGGCGACUUGCACGCGCGCCUACCCCGCCCGUUGCUCAGCGUCUCUCUCGGCGUGGGGGCGUUCGUCCGGCAGCGAACGACUCAGCGUGUAAAUUAAGCUGCUCUCUCUCUCUCUCUCUCUCUCUCUCUCUCUCUCUCUCUCUCUCUCUUUUAAGGCGUCAUUCUUUAUCGAUUUUUUUCCUUGCUGUCCUCUCUCUUUCUCUCUCUCAAUCUAUCUAUCUAUCUGUCUAUCGUCUGUUCAUAACUAUAUCUAUCUAUCUAUCUAUCUAUCUAUCUAUCUAUCUAUCUAUCUACGCACGUACUGGUAUAUACAUACACACGUACGUGUAA